AGACUAACGACCGAUCGGGACUUUUGGGGAAGCAGCCCAGUGGUUGGUAUUUAUUGCUGACAUUCCCAUGUUUUUCAUGAUCCGCCAUCAUCCCAUGUCCUUUUCUGAGGCUCUUUGAUCCUGUCGUAGUGGAUAAACAACUUCGGGGGCUCGGGAUAGGCGGCUGAUUCGAAGUAAACACCCAGCACGAUGUUCGGAAAGGAGAAGGAUCCAGCCAAGCUGGCUCACGGUGACGCGGUCGAUCAGUCCCCCACUGAGAUCGCUGGAGACAACAGUUACCACCCUGGAAACGGCCAUGUGGAAUAUGACGAGCUUCAUGUGAUCUGCCCGCCGCACACCACCGAGCGCAGGAUCGUCACCCGCAUCGAUUUUCGCUUGAUGCCGUUUGUGACUCUCCUCUAUCUUCUAGCAUAUCUGGACAGAAUCAACAUAGCCAACGCGAAAGUAUUCUCUUUGGUUGAUGACUUGGCGCUCGAUGGUGUCAAGUACAAUACCGCUUUGACCAUGUUUUUCAUACCAUACGUCUUCUUUGAAAUUCCUAGCAACAUUAUGCUGAAGAAAUUCUCGCCUAAGAUAUGGCUGCCGGGCUGUAUGCUAGGCUUUGGGAUUGUGUCAAUUUGCCAGGGACUAGUACAGAACUAUGCCGGCCUGUUAGUCACACGGUUCUUCCUAGGACUUUUCGAAACUGGAAUGCUUCCUGGAUGUUUCUACCUCCUGGGCAUGUGGUACAAGCGUAGCGAAGCACAAAAGCGGUACAGUCUGUUCUUCUCGAGUACUUCGCUCGCUGGUGCAUUCGGAGGUCUUCUCGCAUCCGCAAUAGGCAAGAUGGAUGGAAUGCGUGGCUUUCACGGCUGGCGUUGGAUAUUCAUCUUGGAAGGCUGUUUGACCAUCGUCAUCGCCGUCAUAUUCUUCUUCACAUUCCCAUCGUUUCCUGAGCAGGCCGCCUGGUUGAACGAAGAUGAGCGUGCGUACGUAAAAACCCGCCUGCAGGCCGACCAAGGCCGUAAUGCGGCAGAGCGUCAUGUUGGUUUCCGCGAUGUGCUGUCGGUGAUGAAGGAUCCCCGCGUAUGGUUGGGAGGUCUGAUGUAUUUCGGCCUAAUCAUUCCAGCCUACGGUUACGCCUUCUUCGCACCGACUAUCAUCCAAACAUACCACUAUAGCGCCAUACAAACCCAAUUGCACUCGGUUCCGCCGUGGGCUGUGGCAUUUGGCUUCUCCUUUUUGAUAGCGGCGAUCUCGGAUUGGGCAAAGCAUCGCUUUCUGUUCACCAUCAUGCCGCUGUUCUUGUCAAUCGCCGGGUUUUCCAUCCUCCUACACGAACAUAGCGACAUCAACUUGAUGUACGGCGCGUUAUUCCUCGUGGUCAUGGGAACUUAUGGAGCCAUGCCGAUAAUAAUCUGCUGGUUCAACAUGAACCUUGGAGGCCACCACCGGCGCUCUAUAGGAACAGCCUGGCAGAUCGGGUUCGGCAAUAUCGGAGGGAUCAUCUCGACCUAUGCAUUCAUAUCGACGGAUGCGCCGCACUUCACCAAGGGCUACUCGCUCUGUCUCGCUUUCACCUCCUUGAGUGGUUUGGCUUCCAUCGCAUAUUUUGUUUCGAACAUAAUCGAGAACAAGAGGAGGGCGAAGUCGGUUACGAAUGUGGGAUUGUCCGAGUAUGAAAAGACGGAACUGGGUGACCUCAACCCCGAAUAUAGAUAUAUGUACUAGUUAUUAGUUGGGGUGUUGGAUAUGGUCGAUGAUAAAUAGAU